AUGACUUCAUAUUUAUGGCCAUCAUCACCAUUAGCAACAAUUACUAUUCUAGUCUUAUUACAUUGUAUUCCUGCUAGUUAUCUUGGUCUUUUAUGUAAAUUUUAUAUUAUAAUUUAUCUUCUUUUUAUGUUUAUUGGUUAUCUAUUUUCAUCAAAACGACAAUCAAGAAGUUUACCUCUCGUAGCUAAUCGAACAUCUUAUGCACUUGUUACUGGUGCAUCAUCUGGAAUCGGUGCACAAAUCUGUCGAUGUUUAAUUCAACAUGAUUUUAAUUUAAUUAUGGUAGCAAGAUCACAAACAAAACUUAAUCAAUUAGCAGAUGAAUUUAGACAAAUCAAUCCUAAUAUUAAUAUUCAUGUAAUUAUUCAAGAUCUUUCGGAAUCAAAUGCAGUCGAAAAUUUAAUCAAUAAAAUUGAUACAUUAAAAAAUACUAAUAUUGAUAUAAUUAUUAAUAAUGCUGGUCGAGGUUAUUCAAAACCAUAUCUUCAAACAGAUAUAAACGAUAAUGUAUAUGAACAAAUGAUUGCUCUUCAUAUUCGUGCUCCAUCUCUUCUAAUUCGUCAUUAUUUACCAAAAAUGUUAGAUCGACCAUCUCGUAUUGUUAAUAUUUCAAGUGAAAUAUCUUAUAUGUCAUCACCACGUGCAGUUAUGUAUGCAUCAACAAAAGCAUUUUUAACUCAAUUAACAACAUCACUUGAUUAUGAAAUUGAACAAUUAAAUGAUAAGAAUAAUAUUUCAUUGUUAUUAGCUACACCUGGACCAGUAUUAGAUACUGAAUUUGAUCGACAUGAUGAAUCUAUUGUUUUUCAUCUUCCAUUUGUAACAUUAACAGCUAAACAAGUAGCUCAACAAAUUGUUGAUGCUUGUUUACGUGGUGAUCGUUUUUGUACACCCGGUUGGGCUAAUCAAUUAACUAUAUGGUUAAUGACAAAAGUUCCAUUAAGUUUUGCACAUUUAAUUUGUUGGCUUUUAUGGGCAUCAUGGCCAGAAGUUAAACAAUGGUUAUAUGAACGACGACAUCUAGUUAUUAUUUGUUUUAAUUUAAUGGAUAAAAUUGUUCAGAAUCUUAAGAAACAAUUGAAAGAGCCCAAAUCUGUAACAGUCGAAGAUGAAUUGGAUUUAUUUACAAAAUAUUUGAAAGAAGAACGUAAUGCAUCUCAUCAGAAUGAUCUAACACCAAAUAGAAAAUUGGAUACAAAUACAGAUGUUACAAAAGCAUAUUCUCAACAACAUAUGCCAACUAUACCACGAUUUUAUGAACAUAUUCCAAAUGAUCCACUUGGUAUGAAAUUACGUGAAGAAGCACGAGCUCUAUUUCUUCAUCGAAAAAGUCAAGAAGUGAUUAGCAGUGAUGAAGCAAAUAAUUUAUUAACAUUAUUAGAAGAAAAUGCUACACCUCCACAUGAUCCUGAAUCACCAAAAAUAAAUUAUGAUGAUUUUAUACGUGUAGUUCAAAAAUCAAGUCCAGAUAUUGCAAAUCUCUUUCCACCAACAUUAUUUGCUGAUCUCUAUCACAAUGAUCCUUAUGGUCGUGUACGUAUACUUGAUUUAUAUCAAUACACAAUGCGUAAAAUGUGGUAUUAUCAUUCACGUAUGGGUUUAUCACUUUAUGAUAGUAUUGGCCAAGGAAAUCUUCGAGAAUCUGAUCUCGAAGAUUAUAUAUUAGAAUUAAUUCCAACAAUGCAUCAAUUAUCACAAUUACAAAAGACAUUUUAUAAAUUUUAUGUUUGUACAGCAGUACGAAAAUUUUUCUUCUUUCUUGAUCCAUUACGUACAGGACGUAUUGCUAUACCAGAUAUACUUUGUAGUGGUUAUCUUGAUAAAUUACUUGAAUUACGUGAAGAAGAUGCUGAUCUAGAUGAUCUUGAACAAAAUUGGUUUUCAUGUCAAUCAGCAUCAAAAAUUUAUACAAGAUAUUUACAACUUGAUAAAGAUCAUAAUGGUUUAUUAUCACGAGAUGAAUUAGCCAAAUAUAAUUCAAGUACUUUAACUCCAGUAUUUAUUACACGUGUUUUUCAAGAAUGUUUAACAUAUAGUGGUGAAAUGGAUUAUAAAUCAUAUUUGGAUUUUGUUCUUGCACUUGAAAAUCGAAAUUCACCACAAGGUCUUCGUUAUCUUUUUCAAAUUAUGGAUGUUGAUAAUAAAGGUUAUUUACAUCCUGGAGAUUUAAAUUUCUUCUAUCGAGGAAUGAUUCAAAUGUUAUCAACAAGACCAUUAACAGAAGUACCACCAUUUAAUAAUGUUCAAAAUGAAAUAUUUGAUAUGGUUAAACCUGUUGAUUCAAUGCGUAUUACAUUGAAAGAUUUAAUUAAUUGUGGUCAAGGUGGUUUAGUACUCUCAAUUCUUAUUGAUAUUAGCAGUUUUUGGACAUAUGAGAAUCGUGAAAGUCUCAUACCUCAAGCGGCAACAACAAAAGAUGAUUCAAUUCAUGUCUAA